AAGUCUCGGCUCUUUGCGCAGCGUGCGCCAGCGCGCGCGCGCGCCCCCCCCCGAGCGUGACCGGCGCUUCAGGCCCCGCGAUGGGCAACGGGUCGCGCGCUCUGGGCUGAUAUCGCCGUGGCGGGCGGACCCUGCGCGGGAUGGACUUCCUCCUCGGGCUGCCGGCGGGCGUGCACGUCGCGGCCGCGGCCUCGGUGCUGUGCGCCGGACAUCUCUUCUCCAUCUGGCUGAGGCGCCCGCGCAUCAAGGUCUCCGGCAAGCACGUGGUCAUCACCGGUGGCUCGCAGGGGCUGGGCAAGGCCCUGGCGCUGCUGUGCGUCCAGAGGGGCGCCCGUGUGACCAUCGUUGCCAGGACAGCUUCCAAGCUCGAGGAAGCGUGUGCGGAGAUCGGCCAGGCUGGCGAAGGCUUCUCCAACCGCAUUCAGCACGCAGUUCUGGAUGUUGGCGCUGCUUCGUGCGAGCAGGUAACCGCAACUCUGCAGCAGGCUGCGCGCACCUUUGGCCGGGUUGACGUAUUCGUGGCCAACGCUGGGACCGGAAAUGGAAUGCUGAUUAUUGGUUCACCCACCGCGGAGGUGCAGCAAACCUUGGAGACCCAAGUCGCAGUCAAUCUGGUCGGCGGCCUUCGCUGUGUUAUUGCUGCAGCUCAGCUCAUGGUGUCUGACGGCGAGGGUGGCCGAGUCAGCAUCGUCUCCUCAGUCGCCGGGUUGGCCACGUGCCCGGGCUACGCCAUCUACUCUGCGACCAAGUUCGGGCACCGCGGCUUCCUGGCUGGGGCCUACGAGGAGUUCCGGAGGCACGGGGUGCACCUGUCCGUGUUUUACCCUGG